GCUGUAGAUCAGAGCGGCUGCCGCUGCCGCCGCGGGCAGGCGAGUCCCCGCCGGCCCCAGCUCCUCCCUCUGCGCGGAUGGAGCGCCGAGCGCGACCCGCGGCGCUGCCCCGGCUCGGGGCGCCCGGCAGCCUCUUAAAGCCGGCGCGGCGGCUCGCGCUGCCACUCGUGCCGAGCGCCGGUGCCCGCAGCCCAUGGCCCCGCGCGGCCCCGCCACGCUGCUGCUGCCGCUGCUGCUGCUGCUCGCGGCCGUUUCUAAAGGCACUUCCAGAGAAGCCCAUUUUAGAAAUCGAAGAGGGAUUCUUGAACUAGCUGGAGCUGUUAGAUGUACUACAGGACGAUCUCCUUUUGCCUACCUACGUUAUGGAUGCUACUGUGGUCUGGGAGGAAGAGGAUGGCCCAAGGACAGGGUAGACUGGUGCUGCUUUAACCACGACUGCUGCUAUGCGAAGGCAGAACAAGCAGGUUGUCACCCAAAGACAGAAAGUUACUACUGGGUAUGUGAAGACAACGCUGUUGAGUGUGAAUCACUAGAAGACCAAUGUCAAAAAAUGGCAUGCGAAUGUGACCGUGAAGCUGCCAAAUGUUUUGCUAAAGCUCCCUAUCAUACAAAAUACCUUUUGUGGCCAGACUUUAUGUGUGGCGAGAUUCAGCCUUUCUGUAGGUAUUAGAUAUAGGACAUCAGUCUAUGACAACUCUCUACAUAUUUAAAUCUAAUAUUACUUUUCUUUUUUGUCACAGUAGUGACAACAAAUUAUUUUUCCCUUUCUUGACCCUCCUUCCUGCCACCUCUUCCUCUCUGCCCCAGAAUAGCCAAAGCAAACAUUUAUCUUCUUAUUUACUUCCUACAGUGCUCUGACUGAAAUUAAGUUAAUUAGUCCCAUGUAAGCUUUUAUUGACUAAAUAGGAAUUUAUCAGUUCAAGGAGUAACUGACUUGAAAUUAAUUUUGUCUACCUAAAGAUUAACAGAUCUUUCAGAUUCAUAGUAUUGACUGUAAACUUCUCAUCUGGCCUGCAUUAGCUAGAAGAUACAAAUCAAACUUUUCCACUAACAUUUACCUCAACAUUGCUUAACUUAGAACCAAACAGAAAAAAAUGCGACAGUGAAGCAACAGUGUCAGCUGAGCCCUCUCAUCUGUAUUAAACACUUAUUAUGAAGCCUAAUUUAACUUUUGUAUCUCAUUCCACUUAAGUUGUCCUACCUGUAUUAAAAAAGGCAUAAUAUAAUUAUUUUUCUAGUAUUUACUUUUUAAAUAUAGUUUUCUAACAAGUUGUUCAUUAGAUAUGGCUUAAGCUCCUUAAUCUAUGUAUACCCCGAGUUUCCCGUGGGCACAGGGAGACAUCCUACCCUUAAAACUUCAGAGCCAAACUUAAAAUUACAAAUGCAAACCAUCACCAAGACAAAUACAUGAAAAAAGGAGCAGUCACUGGGACCAACUGUCUUUCCCAUAAG